CUGUUUAAUAAUAAUUUUAUUUGCCUAGCUGCCCUGCGUGAUGCGUCGUGACGUCACUCAGCUUCAGCACAGCAACAAAGGAGGAUGCGGAGCCGCGCGCGGGAGCCGGAUCUCGUUAAAAUGCUUUUCUUUCACUUCGCGAGCCCGACAUAACACACAACCAUGUAACAUUUGUCCGUAUUUACAUGGAUAAAUGAAGUGGCGCAGGAUUCGUUGGAGGAAGCGGGGGGAGAGAGAGAAUGUACUGGGUCGCGGGUUUCGCCUCCUCCCGCUCGUUCGUGGUUGAUCUUGGCCGGAAUCAGAGCCCGUCCUUCGGGUUGUGUGGCUCUGAUGAGCGCCACUUAUUUUAUGGGUACAUAGUAGCCGUCCCUGUGCAGGAUUUCGGCGGGAUCAUGUCGGGAUUGGUAUCGGAUUCCUGGUGGAGGAAGACGCUUUACAUCACCGGAGGUGCCCUGCUGGCCGCGGCUGCGUAUCUGCUGCACGAGCUGCUCUCCAUCAGGAAAGAACAACAGUUGGAUUCUAAAGACGCCAUCAUCCUUCACCAGUUCUCCAGGCCAAAAAACGGGGUGCCAAGCCUUUCACCUUUCUGCCUGAAGAUGGAGACCUAUCUGCGGAUGGUUGAUCUGCCCUAUCAAAGUUACUUUGAUGGGAGCCUCUCCUCCCAGGGCAAGAUGCCUUGGAUCGAGUAUAAUUAUGAGCAGGUGUGCGGAACUGAAUUUAUAAUUGACUUUCUGGAGGAGAAACUUGGUGUGAGUCUAAACAAGAGUCUGAGCGCUCAGGAGCAGGCGGUAGCGCGGGCCAUCACCACCAUGGUGGAGGAACACUUGUACUGGACCAUUGCAUACUGUCAGUGGGUGGAUAACGUUCAGGAGACCCAAAGGAUGCUGGACCUUCCCGGGCCCCUCAGUGAUCUGCUGAAAUGGAUCCUGUGUCAGCUGACCGGGGGCAUUGUAAAGCGAGAGAUGUACUGUCACGGCAUUGGCUGCUUCACUAAAGAGGAAGUUUACACCCUCAUGGAGAAGGACAUGCGCACGCUGGCCACACUGUUAGGGGAUAAGAAGUACAUCAUGGGUCCAAAGCUGUCCAGUGUGGAUGCCACAGUGUUCGGUCACCUUGCACAAGCCAUGUGGACGCUGCCUGGGACACGGCCUGAGCAGCUCAUUAAAGGAGAACUGAUUAACCUCGCCAUGUACUGUGAGCGCAUAAGGAGGAAGUUCUGGCCCGAGUGGUUUGUGGACUUAGAGGACUUCUGUUAUGACAGUGACAACGACACUAGCAGCGGGACACCCACCUGCAUGCUGGACCUUGGUCUCUUUUCCAGGACAGACACUUUAGAGGAAAGUGAUCUAAGCCUCCCGUCACACAGUAAUACACACUCGCAAGACUCGGACCGCUCCGUACACUCGCUCUCAGACUCUGACAUUGAAGCAGAUGGCUCGGAUGUGGAGCAGCAGGUCAAGGGUAAAAUCUAAUAGAGGCUGUUUUUUAUCUGGUGUAAGAUAGUUUUUUUUGGGUUGCAUUAUGACUCAAGAACUCAAAGUGAUAUUUCUUGCCUGGAUGAAUAACACUUUGAUGAACAAAAUGCGUGUACACAAUGUGACAUCAGUGACAUGUACACCUCCAGAUUUACAAAAUCAUCCAUUCUUAUCAUUGUAAAAAACAUUACGCCUCCAUCCAUAGUUUCAUUACGCUUUCGAAUUAGCUUUCAUUUCCAGGUAACAAACAUUUCAUGUUUUUUCAGACCGCUCAAUAUGUGUCUUUUCUCCAGCUUCAAUCAACGUUUAAUUAACAUGUGCUCCAGAACAGAAUCAUGUAGCAAAAUACUAGCUUGCAUGAUUUUAGGAUGUUGCGGUUUAACGUUUCGUGCCAACUGAAACUAAAUCUGUGUGAAUUCCUCCCUCCUGUUCAGACCUAAUAAUUCCUUCCCGAGAUCAGCUAAAGUACACAAAAUAGAAUUGAUGGGGAUGGAUAAAAGGAUUUAUGAAGCAUUUAAUCCCGGGUUCUGCAUAAAAUAACAAAACGAGAAUCCAAUCUUCACAAAAAUUUAGGCUAAUACAAUAAAAAACAAAUCCCUUUCUGUCGUUUUUAUUUGUUAGGGCUCCAGUGUGUGUCAUCAGUGUCAGACUCUUGAUCGGUCUGAAUGGUGCUUAAUGCCUGUGUGCCUGACUGCAACCAUUUGUACACGUGUGACAGUCUUUCCUCUCCAUCCCCAUGUGUCUCUUUCGGUUCGAUUCUGUAAUACAGACCGGUUUGGGUGUCACCACCAGAGGGCACUGUGACCAUUCACAUGCUGAGUGGGUCCUAUGCAGCCUCUUGCUUGAGAGUCGCUUGAAGCUUCUGCCUUAAAAGAACGUUUUAAAUAUUAAUAACAACAGUGAACCUCUAGUGAACACUAAACGGUCAGCUUCGGUGGCGUAGGAGUCUGAUCAUGCAUUUGUUUUGUUUUUUUUAUCCAUGUGUGUGAUUUGUGUACCAAAGUGUAGUACGUUGAGCAGAUUUGCCUUAGUUGAGGGAAAAUUGUUGUGAUUAACAGCCGCAUGAUGAAUUGACCCUCUUUCUGUUAAAUUUACUUGAAACCCAAGCCUGUACUUAAUGAAUUUAUUUCAAUCCCUUGUAGUGUUUGAUCUUUUAUGCUGACUUCUGUCGUUUAUUUGGCAUAUUGUUGCUUUGCACAUUUUAGAUUAUUGAAAGACUUUGGACAAUGUAAAGAUACGCAGGACUUAAGACGGGGUCCAUACAAUCAGUGAGAUAUGUUAUAUGUGCGUGUGAUAUACAGUAGUUACCUGUAAUACAUCAUUUACCUGCAUGUGCGUUUGUGUGUGCGUCUAUAUGUGUGAGCUGGUGUAAAGUUCACCAGUGAAAACCUCCUAGCAAAUAUUUAUCCCCUGUAUAGUAUCGAGGCUAAAGUUAAGUACACAUAAACCCAGUCUCGUAUGAAUUUUGUGUUGAUAUUAAUUAAUUUGCAACUUAUUAUUUUUGUUUAAAGUAAUACAAAUUAUUUUUCAUUGACUUGGGGAGAUGGUCAGCUAAAAAGGGUCUAUUCGAAUAAUUAUAAAUUAUGAAACUGUUCAAAUUCUCAUUCAAAAACAUGCAUUUAAAUUUUACAGUGUGAUGUUUGUUUAUUAAUAGACUUUUAGAGAUGUAUCUGUGUGUUGGGAACGUAGCUGGAUUAUGUUCUCAUAAGAUGUCAGUUUUGCUAUAGAUCUUAUAUUAGAUCUUGAAGCCAUAUUAGAGAGUUAAUUUCCUGUUUGUGGAAACAGAAUGAUGGAUAUAAGUAUAAAAUAUAAAUAUAAUAUAUAUAUAUAUAUAUAUAUAUAUAUAUAUAUAUAUAUAUAUGAUUCUAUAAGAUUCUGCCUAAUCUGAAUCAGCUAUAAAAUAUUGUGCAUAACUGAGACCCUCUCGUGAGUGUUUAGUUAUCCUGAACUGAGUGGUUGUUUGACAAUGAUUGCUCUAAAACAUCAAUUAAAAUAGCUGUGACAAUUAAAACGUAUGCAUGAGGUGUAUGUUUUUUUAUGCUCUUUGUUAUUAGUGAAUUUAGUUUAAUGCUUUUGUUUACCUUUUUUUUUUUUUUUUUUUUUUUGCUUUUAUUAAGUAUCGUGCAACACCUCUGGGUCGUCAAAUUUUUACUAGAGAGGUCUUGGACUCUUUACUUUUUGUGUCACUCUGUUUGUAGGCUCCAUUGCAUUAGUUUAGUUUACCUCAGGCGAUCACAUUAAACACUGAUUUAUUCAA